AUGGGCGUCUUAGAAGCCUCCAGGCUGUCUUUGCCUGUUGCCCUCGGGAUCGCAGGCGUGCUUUGGGUUGCAUAUUUCGUGGCAAACACAUAUUUGAGUUAUCGGAAGUUGCGACAUAUCAGCGGCCCUUGGCUAGCAUCAAUCUCCCCGUUAUGGAUGUUCUAUCACACUUGUCGCGGAGAGCUUUACUUGGCUGUCGAGAGUGCUCUCCAGGAGUACGGCUCGCCGGUGAGGGUGGCUCCAGACUACAUUGUCACUGACGACCCCGUCAUCCAAAGACAUAUGGCCGCUCCAAGAUCACCCUUUGUGAAGGGGCGAUGGUUCAAAGGCAUGAAAUUUGACCCUCGUCUGGAUAAUUUGUUGUCCAUGAGUGACGAGAAGGCACACAGUGAACUUAGGGCAAAGCUGAUGCCGGGAUACACUGGCAAAGAAGUGCCCAUGCUUGAGCAGGAUGUGGAUGCCCGAGUGGUGGAGCUCCUCGACCUUAUCCGUCGAGACUAUGUGGACAAGAAUGAGGCAAUGGACUUUGCCCAGCUGGCUGGAUAUUUCACUUUAGACAUUCUAACUCAAAUUGCUUUUGGACAGGCUCUGGGCUUCUUGGUCAAGAAUCAAGAUCUGUACGACUACCACAAAUCAUCGGCAGCCUUCUAUCCCGUCAUGGAGUUGAGUUCCAACCAUCCCACGAUCCUUGCAAUUCUCAAUAGCAGAAUCAUGCAGGGUGCAGCACCAAAACCCACCGAUAAAAUUGGAUUCGGAGCCAUCGUAGGCGUGGCCCACAAGGCAGUCGCCGCACGCUUUGGCUCUGAUGCUAAGAAAGUCCCAGACAUGUUGGGUUCAUUUAUCGAUCAUGGGCUCACCCAGCAAGAGUGCGAGGUUGAGUCCCUACUCCAAAUCUUGGCCGGCGCAGAUUCAACAGCGACUGCUCUUCGAACAACCUUCCUGUUCGUAUUAACCAGUCCUCCUGCAUAUGCCAAACUACGCGCUGAAAUGGCAGCGGCAGUUGACCAAGGCAAUGUCUCAUUCCCAGUGAUUAAGGAUGUUGAGGCCAAGAAUCUCCCUUAUCUGCAGGCAUGUAUCCAAGAAGGCCUCCGUAUGUUUAUGCCGCUGCAGGGCCUUGCAGGUCGGCUUUCACCCUCUCCCGACGGCGCAACAGUCAACGGAGUCUACAUUCCUCCUGGAACAGAAGUCGGAAUUUCAACAUAUGCUAUGGGACACCGUCGUGACAUUUACGGGCCAGAUGCAGACACGUUUCGACCGGAAAGGUGGAUUGAGAAUGACGCAGAAACCCUCAAGAAAUAUGAGAGGGUGAACGAGCUCGUCUUCGGGUCAGGCAGAUCCAGCUGCUUAGGGAAAGGAAUUGCACUCAUGGAAUUGGGAAAGGCCAUCUUUGAGGUGAGUUGA